AUGAAAUGUACUUUCCAUGACGUGUCUUUUGCUUUAAGCAUGGUCAGUCUCAUUCAUGGGAAUCUUGGUAGAGAUAAUUGGACAACAGUGAAGAACAUUCUCAAGUAUCUACGAAGGACAAAGGAUCUGAUUCUAGUUCUUGGUGGCAGUGAUUCAUUGAGAGUGACUGUGUAUAGUGACGACAACUUUCAAACAGAUAGAUACAAUCUUCGUUCUCAAUCUGGCUGGGUGUUUUUGUUAAAUGGAACAGCAACCACUUGGAAAUUUCCUAAGCGGGAAAGAGUGAUUGAUUCUACUUGUGAUUUAGAGUACAUAGCAGCAAGUGAAGCAUCAAAUGAAGCGGCUUGGUUGAAGAAUUUCAUCGACGAUCUCAGAGUAGUUCCGACCAUUCAGGAACCACUGGAACUUUUUUGUUAUAAUGAAGGAGCUUUGAAGCUUCUUCAUGUUUUGAGUUAUAUCUGA